CAGAUAGAGAGAGAGAGAGGGUUUAGAGAGAGAAAUAUAGAUAGAGAGUGACGUGGUACUUUUUUGGUGUUUCAGGGUUUUGGAGCAUCGUGUCGGGGAGAGGGGUCUGAUUCUUUGAGAAUAGAUAUUUAUAUUUUUAGAAAAAAAAUAUUUAUAUAUAAAAGCAGAGAAUUAUAUAUAUAAAAAAAAAUACUUUGUUUCCUUAGUGAGAGAGGUGUUACAGGAUCUCUGGGUUGGCUUAUAAAUACACAUAUACUGUGGCUUUUGUUUAUGCACAAAUACAAUACCUCACAAAGAGAGUUUGGUGUUUAUUAGAACCAAGAAAACUUUGCUGUGGCAGAUCACAAGUCCUCAACAACUAUAAUGGCUUAUAUUUCGGAGGUCAACAUGAGCUUUUCAAAUGACAUGGAUGAUGAGUAUGAGAAACUCUUCAGGAGAAUGAACCCACCUAGGGUUGUAAUUGAUAAUGAGUCCUGCAAGAAUGCAACAGUGAUAAGGGUUGACAGUGCAAACAAACAUGGAAUACUUCUCGAAGUUGUACAAGUCCUUACUGACCUUAACCUCAUCAUAACUAAAGCUUACAUAUCCUCUGAUGGUGGAUGGUUCAUGGAUGUUUUCAAUGUCACUGAUCAAGAGGGAAAUAAGGUCACAGACGAAGGGAUUUUAGAUUAUAUUCUAAAGGUGAGUUGUUGUACUAAUAUUGAGUUGAGUUUUUCUAUGGUUUUAAAUAUUGUACACAGCCAGCUGAUUACUUGUGCUCAUCUUCAGUCUUUAGGGCCAGAAUCAUGCUUUACAUCUUCUAUGAGAUCUGUUGGGGUUAAGCCCUCCAUGGAUCACACUGCAAUUGAGCUAACUGGAUGUGACCGACCAGGACUACUUUCUGAAGUGUCUGCUGUGCUCACACAUCUUAAAUGCAAUGUAGUGAAUGCAGAGGUCUGGACUCACAACACCCGAGCUGCAUCUGUGAUGCAUGUGACUGAUGAGGAGACGGGGGGUGCAAUUACUGACCCCGAGAGGCUAUCUAGGAUUAAGAAACUUCUUUGUAAUGUACUUAAGGGCAGCAGCAAAUCCAGUGAAGCUAAGACUGUGGUGUCUCAUGGGAUCACACACACUGCAAGACGGCUUCACCAGAUGAUGUUUGAUGAUAGGGAUUAUGAACGAGCUGACGAUGAUGCCUUGGAUGAGAACAAAAGACCUAAUGUGAAUGUUGUCAAUUGGCAUGACAAAUACUACUCUGUGGUUACCAUCCAGAGUAAAGAUAGGCCAAAGCUUCUCUUUGAUACUGUUUGCACAUUGACAGACAUGCAAUAUGUGGUUUUUCAUGCUAGUAUUAAUGCUGAGGGUCCAGAAGCUUAUCAGGAAUAUUAUAUCAGACACAUAGAUGGGUCCCCUGUAAAGUCAGAUGCAGAGAGAGAAAGAGUGAUACAAUGUCUUGAAGCAGCUAUCGAGAGAAGAGUAUCUGAGGGUCUAAAGCUAGAACUCUGCACUACUGACAGAGUUGGGCUGCUAUCUGAUGUCACUCGUAUCUUCCGAGAAAAUAGCCUCACUGUUAUCAGAGCAGAAGUUACAACCAAAGCAGGCAAAGCUCUUAAUACAUUCUAUGUUCGUGAUGCAUCAGGGUACCCUGUCGAUUCUAAGACCAUAGAUUCUAUCCGGCAAGCAAUUGGACAGACUAUACUAAAAGUAAAGGGCAGCCCUGAAGAGUUAAAAAAUGGUCCUCAAGAGUCUCCAACCAGGUUCCUCUUUGGUGGUCUAUUCAAGUCUCGAUCCUUUGUUAACUUCGGCUUGGUUAGGUCCUAUUCUUGAGAAACAACUGAUCAUACCUCACCUCACUUGUAAAUUGAAACCCCUCAACUUCAAUACUCCAAUACAAAUGCCAACCAUUUUAGAGGACCUGUGACUCAAAAUUUAGGAACAUAUAUAUCUCAAAGGAGGAAAGGAAAGCCAAAUCCUUGUAAAUACCACUUGUCCUGCCUUGACCUUUAUUUGUUACUGAAACUCUAACCUCUUGUUGGAUUCUUGAAAUCAAAGGAGAGUUUAAAAUCUAAUUCGUGUAAUGACCAUGGAACGAGCAGUUAACCUAAUGUACAUAAUUGUUUGCUGCCCUCA